ACUUUGCUGCGAGGCUGCUGCACAGGAGACGAGUAAAAGGCAGAGAGAUGACAGAAAAUGACAGGGGCACAAAUGUGGAGCGAUAUGUUGGUGAAAUUAAAGGAGGACUGAAACCAGCCAUGAAAAUCACUAUUAUUGGGGUCAUAUGUUCCAACCCCAAGAGCUUUGCAGUGACUCUGCUCUGUGACCCCAUGGAUGCAAGCAAGGAUAUUGGGCUGUUACUUGCAGUCAACUUCAGUGAGAAAUCCAUCACCCGGAAUGCACAGAUUGCUGGGAAAUGGGGAAGAGAGGAGAAGAACAUUCCCUACUUCCCAUUCACAGCAGGGGACACAUUUAAGAUGGAGCUCUUCUGUGAGCACCAGCAGAUCCGUGUCCUGCUCGAUGGACGGCAGCUCUGUUAUUUCACUCACCGCAUUCAGCCCCUGCACUUGGUAACAGCUUUACAAAUCUCAGGGGACAUCAAGCUUACCAAGGUGGCUUGAAAAAUGGACCCCACAUCACCAAUGAACUAAGACAAAUGUACUUUCCCAUGUACAUAGAAGUGUUUUCUCUUUCCUUCUUGAGAUUUUAAAUGUGGACUUUGUUUGGGUUUGUUUGUUGACAAGUUUGAAAUGUCUGCUUUUUCUCACAGAGCCUGAAGAGUGCAAUGACAGGGUUAAUUCAAGCACAUGAGGCUCUUUGCAAAGCCAUUCUGUUGGGCCUUCCAGACUGCAAAGCCUGUGAUUCAGACAGUGUGCAGUCUUCUCUAUCCUCAUUGGCUCUAAAUUGUUCUGCCAUGCCACCUGGAGGGGCUCAGUCACCUGAGGAUGGGUGGGGGUUAUUACGUCACAUAUCUAGAAGUAGAGACUGGGAUUUAGCGUGUAGUGGAAGGCAAUCUGUUAAAUAGGUGAGGAAACCUGUGAUGUGCCCCAGCAAGGUCCAUGUUAGAGGACGAGACACCCUAUUACCCCAAGCUAUGAUCACAGUGCUCAGCCGUCAGCACAAAGCACCUUGUGCCUCACACCGUGGAGCAGUGAAUGGCCCACUAGC